UUGACCUCAAGUAUUGACGCAUUUCCUUUUGCAAACCUUAACCGAGUCGUGACUCGCUAACGGAAGAAGCACGCUACUUCUUGUUCUUCGUAGGGUUUCUUUGGUUUCCUUCCCUUUGCUCGUUAGUCUGCUACCAAUCCAUCAUCUUCAAAGUGCGAUUUCGUUUCACCCGUCUAACAAGAAAAUGAGUCGCCAUCCAGAAGUUCUAUGGGCUCAGAGAUCAGAUAAGGUGUACUUAACGAUUUCCUUACCGGACGCGAAGGACAUUUCAGUUAAAUGCGAGGGUGAGGGAGUGUUCAGUUUCUCUGCCCUUGGGGUUCAAGGCGAAUCUUUUGAUUUCAGUUUGCAACUAUAUGGACACAUUGUUCCUGAGGGGUGUAAAACUAAUGUUGGGUUAAGGAAUAUAAUAUGCUCCAUCCAGAAACAAGAGAAGGGUUGGUGGAAAAGACUACUUAAAUCAGAAGAAAAACCUGCACCUUACAUUAAGGUUGAUUGGAAUAAAUGGUGCGAUGAGGACGAUGAAGAAUCUAUUUCUGAUUUGCUCUCUGAUGAUGACAACGCUGAGUACGAGGAACAUGAUGAAGGCAGUGAUGAUGAAGGGAUGCUCUAUCUUCCUGAUUUGGAGAAGGCUAGGGGAAAUUAAUUAAGAUCAAGUACUUGCAAGUAUAAUGUGGAAGUGCAGCAUCAACGAUUGCAGGACUGCAAUGGGGAAGAUUUUAAAUUCACGAUCUGCAUCUAUAGUUGACUGAUACUUGUAUAUAUUAGAUCCACGGUUUUAGUUUAGGAUUCAAUUCCUCGACUUUGGGCUUAUAUUUGGAAACUACCUCUGGAAGUUCAACUCGUAUCAUUUGUUUUUCUCUAGGCUUUCAUGUCUAGCAGUCUGAGAAAUGUUCUCAGACACUCUGUGCCUAACAAUGAGGAACUUUCAAUUGCUAAGACAAAUAGCAUUCAAUACAUGAAUGUGAAAUAUGAGAUGUGAUGGUCUAUAGUUUAUUAUGUAUUUUCAUGAUCCAUCGAGAACUCAGAUUUUGUUUGCUU